AUUCGCAUUUUUUUAAAUUUUUUUGUCUGGAAGUUCGGGUGAUGCAGAACAACGUGAUGCAGUAACUUUUCACCUUUAUGACGUCAUUUCCUUUCACCCACUUGACGGCACAUCCUUAUAUUUAAAUCUUUUUGUUUUAAUGGCCCAACCAAGUGCCAUACAAGUUCAAUUGUGUAUGUUUUUGUUAUGUGAACUGGUCGCAAGCCUUCAAAAUGUCUUGGAGCUAUACGGAAUUUAAAAUUAUACCAGAAUCUGAGAGGCGACGUCGCCUGGAACGUUUUGAUGAUAAAGACAAGGUAGUUGUGGAAAUUUUUGAGAAAGUUGCCGGAGAUGACGGUGUCAUAGAUGCUUAUGAGUUACAGAACCUCCUACAGCUUUGUUUUCGACGCGAAAUGGGAGAUUAUGACUUCAAUUUGGAAACCUGUCGAAGUCUUUUGGCACUCUAUGAUGUGGACAUGAGUUGUUGCAUCGAGUUUGACGAAUUUUAUAAACUUUGGAGAGAUUUGAAGAUUUGGUAUGGUGUGUUCAAGAAAUACGAUAUUGACAGGAGUUUUGAUAUGGACAAGAAAGAAUUAGCACUCGCAGGAAUUCCCGACCUUCAUAUCACUGUCAAAACUAUCGAAAUAUACUCGAAAAGAUUUGUUAACAGGAGAGCAGAGUCGGUCUUGACGAUUUUCUUCAAAUUAUCGCGAGGAUCAAGUGUUUGA